AUGUCUAUCUCUCGUGAUUUUUUCAAUGAUCCAACUUUCGAUCCUUUCUACGAUCAAACUUUUGAUUUGAAUUAUCCUUAUACUACUACUUGGAACGAGUGGAAUAAUUUGCCUAGUAGUGACCGUUGGACUAAUUGGCCUAGUAAUGUUACCGACCGUUGGGGAAAUCGAGACUAUGGAACGACUGACAGGGGAACACGGCGUCGUGUACCAAUUCAAGAUCGCAUACCACGUCAUGUCGAGUCGCGCGUUAUGACAGAAAAGGAAGGAGACGUUGU